UUUUCGUUUCUACCUACAAAGUUGUAAUUCGGUUCAAGAGGCGUAUCAGGAUAACUUGGUUGAAGCAGAUUCUUGGAGCCAUGACUCUUUCUAUUCACAAUGAAGCACCAAGAAGGUUAGAGGGAAAAUUCCAAGCCAUGGUGGUCUGUUUCAUUCUUGGAUUGGGAUCUUUGGUUGCUUGGAACAGUAUGUUGACAGUAGGAGAUUAUUACUACACUCUGUUCCCUAGAUACCAUCCAUUGCGUGUACUCACCCUUGUUUAUCAACCCUUUGCACUUGGUACUAUGGCAAUACUGGCGUACAAUGAAUCAAGGAUCAACACAAGAUUGCGGAACUUAAUUGGCUACUCUCUAUUCUCCGUCAGUACUUUGUUAGUGCUUGUUUUAGACCUAGCAACAUCAGGAAAAGGGGGAAUGGGACCUUACAUUGGUGUAUGUGUCCUUUCUGCUUGUUUUGGAAUUGCAGAUGCUCAUGUCCAGGGUGGCAUGGUCGGAGACUUAUCUUUUAUGUGUCCUGAGUUCAUCCAGUCUUUCCUUGCUGGUUUGGCUGCCUCGGGAGCUCUAGCUUCUGGUUUGAGACUUCUCACGAAAGUGGGUUUUGAGAAUUCAAAGAAUGGUCUUCGGAAAGGAACUAUUCUAUUUUUUGCAAUCUCUACCCUUUUUGAGUUUUUCUGCAUAAUUCUAUACGCGUUUUACUUCCCUAAGUUGUCCAUUGUAAAAUAUUACCGUUCAAAGGCUGCUUCAGAAGGAUCUAAAACUGUAUCAGCUGACCUUGCAGCUGCCGGCAUUCAUAACGAGACCAACCACCAAGUUGGAUUUGAUGCUAAAAUUCAAGACAGGCUGAGCAAUAAACAACUAGUUCUACAGAACAUUGAUCUCGCAGCUGCUUUGUUUCUAAUAUACGUGUUAACACUAUCAAUUUUCCCUGGAUUUUUGUAUGAAAAUACUGGAUCUCACCAGCUAGGAACAUGGUACCCUCUUGUUCUGAUCGCAAUGUACAACGUGCUUGAUCUAAUAUCCAGAUAUAUUCCCCUUAUCAAAUGCCUGACGUUGGAAUCCAGAAAGGGUAUACUCAUUGCAGUGCUUUCUAGAUUCCUGUUGAUUCCAGCAUUUUACUUCACAGCAAAAUAUGGUGACCAGGGAUGGAUGAUCAUGCUUGUGUCUUUCUUGGGACUAACCAAUGGUUAUCUCACUGUAUGUGUAUUUACCAUCGCACCAGAAGGUUACAAGGGCCCUGAACAAAAUGCACUGGGUAAUUUGCUCGUGCUGUUUCUUUUAGGUGGCAUAUUUUCUGGGGUUGCUCUUGAUUGGUUGUGGCUCAUGGGAAAAUCAGGCUUUUAAAAUAACUCAGUAGUGUAUGUAAAGACCCAAAAUUCAGACAGUUUUUCUUUGAUGAAAAGCAUGUAUAUAAAAUAACAUGAGAAGCUAGUAAGUUAUGUGCUUCGAGCAUGUGAAAUUAUUGAAUACAUUUUAUUAUUUACCCUAUAUUUGGGGAAAUUAAAUUCAAAAGUUCGAGCUCUUUUUAUCAUAA